AUGGACAGACAACGACACAUUGAAGAUCUGGCAGAUGAGUUACUUAGUGACAUUCUGUCGUUUCUCCUAAACUCGGAGCAAUUCUUGAACGAACCCCCUCACACACUCGACCAAAGCUCUCACACUGGGACCAAUGGAUACUCCGCUCCUAGCUAUGGCGAAAAAUCCGACCUUGAUAGAUUCAGACUCGUCAGUAAAAGGUUUAUGCGAAUUGGCACCCCACGAAAGUUUCAUCGAUUUGUUCUGCGAUUUUCCAGGGAAGGAUUUCAAAGGCUGGAGGAUUUCCUGAGCAUGCAAUUGGCAUGCCAUGUCAAAUAUUUUACGUACAUGGUGCGACCCUUCUAUCAUGGAAGCGGCUGGCCGCUCCUCUUGGAUGGGGUUGAUACAGAUGAUCUUCCAGUGUCCGAGCUUCACAGUCGUCGACUUAGCGAGCAAACCUUUUUGACCGAUACGAACCGCGAUCUAUACAUACUACGACGCGCGAUAACUGCCUUCUCGUCUCUCCAGCAGGUCAAAUUGCUUCGUUUGCAAGAUGCUGCUGAUGAACAACUACUCGAUUAUCUCCGGGAUCGAUCCUUGGAACAAACCACAAGCUUAAAUUGGGCUCCAGCUUGUACUCGAGCUGUGACCAGCCUUGGCGCUGCCCUAUUGGAAUCAGACUGCAGCUCCAUUCGGUUCGUCGGGCCACAAAUCAGCCCCGAGGCGACGGUGAUGCUGUUACAAGUACCAUCUGUGACUCUCUCUGCAGUUGGCGCGCGGUUGACAAGCCUAGACGUCAACUUUCAUUCCGUAAUAGAUAUCACAAACAGCAUGGAAACCCUUUCCAAGGUAUUCCACGGCUUUUUUCUGGCGGCCAGAAAUUUGACCACCAUCCAUCUCGGCUUUCCAGCCGGGGCACCUUUAGGUCUCAAGCUUGAGCAGAUCUUCCACCGUGUACAAUGGAAGAGACUUAGAACAUUGGGCAUACAAGGCUGGCGUUUGAGCUCAGAUGAGCUCAUAGAAUUUGCACGCCGCCACCGUCGCCAAAUCCGCGAUCUCAGACUCCUCAGUAUCUAUCUCCGAGAUGGGGGACGAUGGCGAGAUGUACUGUCUGUCUUGCACGAUGAAAUGGAGCAUCUGGAGCGCCUCGAUCUGCGCGAUAUCGACUACGCUGCCCAUUUUGAUGCCGACACGAUGAUCCAUGGUAAUGGCGGCGAGGUGUUCGAGAACCCGACCCUCUCCUUGGGGGCGGAUCCAACACCGGACCCAUCAUCCCCGCUGACCCAAACGAUUUUCACAGAUGGGGCCCACCUAUCAAUCCUACCGCGCAAGGAUUAUACUCCAGGGCCUUUAUCAGAUGCAAUGUUGGAAAGAUUGCGGGGUCUUACCGCCAAUGACCUCGGAGAUGAUGGUAUUAGUGUCAAGCGUGAACAGAGGUCACUGUGGGAGGCAUGGGUUCUCUCAAGUCCACGGAAUAUCAUCCGUCGACCGUCCUAG